AUGACCAGUAAUGAACACACCCCACCACACGAGUUCCAAAAACAGCCCUUCUCAGACACAGACGCUGCGUUCGUAACCAAGUGGGAGGUAAGACCUGGUUCUGGUAUUCACAGUAGGAGAGCUGAUCUAGGAACAGGUCCCCCAGGUCAUUAUGAUCUAGGAUCAGGUCCCCCAGGUCCAUGUAAUGUAAUUCAUUAUGAUCUAGGAUCAGGUCCUCCAGGUCAUUAUGAUCUAGGAUCAGGUCCCCCAGGUCAUUAUGAUCUAGGAUCAGGUCCCCCAGGUCAUUAUGAUCUAGGAUCAGGUCCCCCAGGUCAUUAUGAUCUAGGAUCAGGUCCCCCAGGUCAUUAUGAUCUAGGAUCAGGUCCCCCAGGUCAUUAUGAUCUAGGAUCAGGUCCCCCAGGUCAUUAUGAUCUAGGAUCAGGUCCCCCAGGUCAUUAUGAUCUAGGAUCAGGUCCCCCAGGUCAUUAUGAUCUAGGAUCAGGUCCCCCAGGUCAUUAUGAUCUAGGAUCAGGUCCCCCAGGUCAUUAUGAUCUAGGAUCAGGUCCCCCAGGUCAUUAUGAUCUAGGAUCAGGUCCCCCAGGUCAUUAUGAUCUAGGAUCAGGUCCCCCAGGUCAUUAUGAUCUAGGAUCAGGUCCUCCAGGUCAUUAUGAUCUAGGAUCAGGUCCCCCAGGUCAUUAUGAUCUAGGAUCAGGUCCCCCAGGUCAUUAUGAUCUAGGAUCAGGUCCCCCAGGUCAUUAUGAUCUAGGAUCAGGUCCCCCAGGUCAUUAUGAUCUAGGAUCAGGUCCCCCAGGUCAUUAUGAUCUAGGAUCAGGUCCCCCAGGUCAUUAUGAUCUAGGAUCAGGUCCUCCAGGUCAUUAUGAUCUAGGAUCAGGUCCCCCAGGUCAUUAUGAUCUAGGAUCAGGUCCCCCAGGUCAUUAUGAUCUAGGAUCAGGUCCCCCAGGUCCAUGUAAUGUAAUUCAUUAUGAUCUAGGAUCAGCACUCCUACUGAGACUCUUUAUGACCUGAUCCUAGAUCAACACUCCUACUGAGACUCUUUAUGACCUGAUCCUAGAUCAACACUCCUACUGAGACUCUUUAUGACCUGAUCCUAGAUCAACACUCCUACUGAGACUAUUUAUGACCUAAUCCUAGAUCAGCACUCCUACUGAGACUCUUUAUGACCUGAUCCUAGAUCAGCACUCCUACUGAGACUCUUUAUGACCUGAUCCUAGAUCAACACUCCUACUGAGAGUCUUUAUAAAUAUGGGCCCAGACUGAUACAGUACAGUGGAGACCUCUAACAGGCUGUCUCAGGUCGGUUGGUGAAGGCCACCAGGUCUCUCCUCUCAGACUCCUUGGUUCUUGUCAGUCUGACACUCGUGACAGAAACAUCCGGUAAACAUCAACACAGUAGAGUUGUUUACCACAUUCCUGUCCCCCCCUCUCUCCUCGGUCUCCCACAGAGGGAAGGAGGACAGUGUGGAGACCGAUGUGAUUCUUUGUGUCCCUCUGCAUGCCGUGUCCCAGUAUCUCCUCUGCCUCUUUCUCUCCUUUCCCCAAACUCUUUCUAUUCCUUCUUCUCCCCAACCAACAGAGUUCCUCCUCCUCCUCCUCCUCUUCCUCUUCUUCUCCUCAACCACCAGAGUUCCCCCUCCUCUUCUCCCCAGCCACCAGAGUUCCUCCUCCUCCUCUUCCUCUUCCCAACCACCAGAGUUCCUCCUCCUCUUCCUCUUCUUCUCCCCAGCCACCAGAGUUCCUCCUCCUCCUCCUCUUCCUCUUCUUCUCCCCAAACACCAGAGUUCCUCCUCCUCUUCCCCCUCUUCUCCCCAGCCACCAGAGUUCCUCCUCCUCCUCUUCCUCUUCCCAACCACCAGAGUUCCUCUUCCUCUUCUUCUCCCCAGCCACCAGA